AAAUCAAAUUAAUUAUUGGUUUAAUGUGUUAAUUAAUAAUAAGAUUAAUAAUAUUAACAAUAAUGUGAAGUAUAGGAAUCAUUAUAUUAAUAAACAUAAUAAUAAUAAAUUAUUAUUAAGGCUUAGGAAGUUUCAUGGAAUGUUUAAGGAUUUAGAGGUUCAAUGUAUAAGUUAAGGGAAAGAAUUGAGUGGUGUGCGUGAAGUGGUGGGAAUUAAUAAAGGCAGCCUUAAUUAACAUUUAAAAUUGAAGUGGGAUGCUAAUUUAAAUGAAGAUGCAGCCAGUAUGGGUGGCACGCGGGCAUGUGAAGGCGGGCGCGGAUGCGGGUUCGAGACGCAGGCGGGGCUGCGCACGCAAGGUUGGAAAUUGGUUGAGUUUUAAUCAACUAAUUGGCGCCCAAAACGGCGCCGUUUUGGGUUAGAGGCGGUGGCUUCCCAGCGGUAGCCACGUGGCCACAUUCUGGCCGCUUCUUUUGGCCAAUUUAAGGCCGCUUUUCUGCUCAACUUUUACAGCACGAGCAGUGAGCAAUUUCAGAAGAAUCCAGCGAGCGCGCGAUCGUGAAUUUGAGAGACUUUGGGCUUCAAAUCAGAAUUAAAUCAAGUUUAAUCAGUGAAUUGAUUAUCCAGUUUGUAUAAUUUUUACUGCUUUUGGAUCCAACGAGCCUAAGGAUAUCUCUGAUAAGGUAAGGGUAAAGCAAAGGCCGAGGGCGAGGAUCGUUCCACUUAGCAGUCGGCCGCAUUGGUAUCAUGGACGCACGACGUGGGCGAGGUCGUGGUAGACCGUCGGCACGAGGUAGAGGACAUCUUGUCCCUACUCCGGAGGUUCAGGCUACAGGUGCGGGAGAGCAGAGACAGCCAGGGCCACCAGAUAUGCAGGAGACAUUAGCGGGUAUUUUACGAGCUGUAGAUGUACUGGCAGCAUCUCAGUUGCGACAGGAGCGCAGACAUGAUGAUAGGACCGCUACGGCCCAGGCGUCGCAUUCAGGUACGUCGGGAACAGGGGACGGUUCAGGUGCUACAGUGCUUAGAGAUUUUAUGGCCCUGCGACCACCAGAGUUUAGUGGAGGCGCUGAUGCGACAGUGGCUGAGGAUUGGUUACUAGCGGUGGAGAAGCAUUUGAGAUCCAUAGACUGUGCAGAGGCCCACAGAGUUCGGCUGGGGACUUUCUUGUUACGAGGUGACGCCGAGCGGUGGUGGGAGACCACCAGACAGAGAUAUGGCGAUGGAGGUCCGUCAUGGGCACAGUUCGUCGAGGCGUUCAAUGAGACCUAUGUACCAGCUUGGAUCAGAGAGCAGAAGGUGUUUGAGUUCAUUAAGUUACAGCAGGGCAGUAAGACAGUUACGCAUUAG